UUCUGUCUUUUGGAGUCGCGCCUGCCUCUCGCAGUCUCCUUUUCUUUGUACCCCGGGUCUGAAGGUCGCUACUGACUCUAAAUCCCCGCUCCCGCCCCACCACCCCCAGUAAAUUCAGACGUCUCCGUAAGCGGCGAAGGGGCGCCUGCCUUUUGCUUUGAAGUCCGCACUGAAGCCGGUUCCACCUUUUGGAACGCUGAAACGUUGCGUUUCGCUCCUUUUUACGACUUAAAACCGUUUACUGACCUCACUGCCUCCUCUACCUUUUCUGCACCACAUACAAUUCUGUUAAGCGAGGUGGUUUCUCCGCUCCACGUUCUUCAGCCUCUCCUUCUCGGGCCCUGGAGGCCUCGCCGGCCGCCCCGCUCCCGCAGAGGCCGUGUUCUCUCCCCGGUCCUGGGAUUCUGGAGAGCCCGCCCCGCUCCUUAGACCCCAGUCCCUCCCAGCCUUUUGUCCUUAAGUCUCCGCAGGCCGGUCCUUCUGACCUUCAGAGUGACUUUUCCCCUGAUCCCUGGUGGCGGGAGGUGACCUGAGCCAGCCACGUGACACCCAUGGUUCUUCGGCCCCAAAUACCAGCCGCCGGAAUUUGGCUCUUGCGGGAGGGCCUUUCUUAUUCAGUCUCCUACCCUGUAGGAGUAGUGGGCGGAAGGCUGGAUCAGGAGAAGCAGAGACAGCGACUCCUAGAGAAAUGGAAAAUUGAGAAAAGCAUGUGGGACAAGUGAUGGCAGUGAAGAGGAUUGUGAGGAACUUGGAAGAGACAGCUUCAUGGAAGAGAAUGAGCCUUGUAGGGAGCGAGUGGGGAAAGGAGAGAAAUUCAGAGAAAAGCAGGAUCUCCGGAGAGUUAACGACACUCUCCUCAGGAUCUCGUGUGGGGCCUCGCCCCAGGAAUGUGCACAGAGCCUCAGAUGAUUCCGAUCUGGAUCCUGCAUUGAGCACCAGGACUCUUAGCCUCCACUUCUGAGACUGAGAUCAGGCCCUGGGGGCGGGGAGGGCACUCUGUUCUGAGUGGGGCUGAACCCCGCCUGCUGUGUGACCUGAGGGGGAUCUUGGGGUGAGUGGAGGUGCCCCCUGCUGCUGUGUGCAUGAGGCCUCACCAGGAGAGGAGUGUGAUCCAAGGAAAUUGUGGGAAAGUCCCUGUUGGACUGUGUGUGGUAGUUGAUUGUCCUGAGUCCCUCCUGAGACAGUGGGCACAGAGGACUGUGUUCCUCCUGGUGAGGGCUUCCCUGGGUGUGUGGUUGGGGCUCAGGAAAGGGAUGUGUUGACUCUAAGCUUUCGACAGCAUGUUUUCAACUUUCAUGAUAGAACUGUGAAGGCUCAUGGACGAAGAAGCCCAGAAGAGGAAAGAACAGGAGUCAGGCAUGGCUGUUUCUCAGGCACAGUUGACCUUCAAGGAUGUGUUCAUAGAUUUCACUCCCAAGGAGUGGGAAUGCCUGGACCCUGCCCAGAGGACCUUGUACAAGGACGUGAUGGUGGAGACCCUCAGGAAUCUGCUGUCUGUAGAUAUGUCUCACAUAGAUAAGAUCAAGAAAUUACAGGCAAAAGUAAACAGUGGUAAAGGGGAGAUUUUUCAAAGAGUGAUGUUUGGAAGAGCUGAACGCCUUGAAAUCAAAGAUUUUCACCUGAGGGACAUCCAGGAAAAUAUACAUGACUUUGAUUGUCUGUGGACAGAUGAUGAAAGAAAUGACAAAGGAAUGUCUACAUCCCAUAACAAAAACCUCACUGAUGGAAGAUAUCAUCCUAGUAGAAGUGAUGUAGGAAAGAGACCUUUUGAGAGGCACGGAUCAAGCUUUCAGAAAAAAUUGCAGGUGGUACAAUCUGAAGGGAUAAUUUCUGAAUGUAGUCAAGUUGUGACAAAUGUCAGGGCCACAGGUUUACCACCUCAGAGAACUCGUAAUGUCUGCAAAGGCUUUUCUCAUAAACAUGAGAAUGGUGUUAUUCAUCCUUCAGAACUGUUACCAGACCAUGAAACACAAAAGAAAAGACCUUACAAAUGUAAUGAGUGUGACAUAACCUUUCUUCGGGACUUAGAACUCACUGGACAUCAAAGAAUCCAUACAGGAGGAAAACCAUAUAAAUGCGACAUGUGUGGCCUGGCUUUUAAUCAAACUACAAAACUUGCAGUUCAUUGGAGAAUUCAUACUGGAGAGAAACCAUAUAAAUGUGAUGUAUGUGGCAAGGCCUUUAAUCAGUCUACACAUUUUGCAGUUCAUCGGAGAAUUCAUACUGGAGAGAAACCAUAUAAAUGUGAUGUAUGUGGCAAAGGCUUUAGUGAAACUUCAAGCCUUGCAGUUCAUCGGAGAGUUCAUACUGGAGAGAAGCCAUAUAAAUGUCGUGUCUGUGGCAAACCCUUUAGGUCAAAUUCAAGCCUUGCAGUUCAUCAGAGAAUUCAUACUGGAGAGAAACCACAUAAAUGUGAUGUAUGUGGCAAAGGCUUUAGUAUAACUUCAAGCCUUGCAGUUCAUCGGAGAAUUCAUACUGGAGAGAAGCCAUAUAAAUGUGAUGUGUGUGGCAAGACGUUUACUCGUACUGGACAUCUUGCUGAUCAUCAGAGAGUUCAUACUGGAGAGAAACCAUAUAAAUGCGAUGUAUGUGGCAAAGGCUUUAGUAUAAGUUCAAGCCUUGCAGUUCAUCGGAGAAUUCAUACUGGGGAGAAGCCAUAUAAAUGUGAUGUGUGUGGCAAGGCGUUUACUCGUACUGGACAUCUUGCUGUUCAUCAGAGAGUUCAUACUGGAGAGAAACCAUAUAAAUGCUAUGUAUGUGGCAAAGGCUUUAGUGAAACUUCAAGGCUUGCAGUUCGUCAGAAAAUUCAUACUGGAGAGAAACCAUAUAAAUGUGGUGUGUGUGAUCACUGCUUUCAACAAAGUACACACCUUGAAAAUCAUCAGAGAAUUCAUACCGGAGUGAAACCAUAUAAAUGUGAUGUUUCUGGAAAGGACUUUAGUCAAACUGCAAGCCUUGCAGUUCCUCAGAGAAUUCCUUCUGGAGAGAAGCCAUACAAAUGCAAUGUAUGUGACAAGGCGUUUCGUCAUACUGGAAGCCUUACUGUUCAUCAGAGACUUCAUACUGGAGUGAAACCAUAUAAAUGUGAUGUGUGUGGCAGGACUUUUAGAGUAAAUUCACACCUUGCUGUUCAUUUGAGAGUACAUACUGGAGAGAAACAAUAUAAAUGUGAUGUAUGUGGCAAGGCCCUUAAUGAAGCUGCAAAGCUUGCAGUUCAUCAGAGAUUCCAUAUGGGAGAGAAACCAUAUAAAUGUGAUAUAUGUGGCAGAGCCUUUAGUCAAGCUGCAAAUCUUGCAGUUCAUCGGAGAAUUCAUACUGGAGAGACACCAUAUAAAUGUGAUGUGUGUGGCAAGGUGUUUACUCGUACUGGACAUCUUGCUGUUCAUCAGAGAGUUCAUACUGGAGAGAAGCCAUAUAAAUGUCAUGUAUGUGGCAAGUCCUUUAGUUCAAAUUCAAGCCUUGCAGUUCAUUGGAGAAUUCAUACUGGAGAGAAACCAUAUAAAUGUGAUAUAUGUGGCAGAGCCUUUAGUCAAGCUGCAAAUCUUGCAGUUCAUCAGAGAAUUCAUACUGGAGAGAAACCAUAUAAAUGUGAUGUAUGUGGCAAGGCUUUUAAUCAGUCUCCACAUCUUGCAGUUCAUCGGAGAAUUCAUACUGGAGAGAAACCAUAUAAAUGUGAUGAAUGUGGCAAAGGCUUUAGUGAAACUUCAAGGCUUGCAAUUCAUCGGAGGAUUCAUACUGGAGAGACACCAUAUAAAUGUGAUGUGUGUGGCAAAAGCUUUAUUGAAACUUCAAGCCUUGUAGUUCAUCGGAGAGUUCAUACUGGAGAGAAGCCAUAUAAAUGUGAUGUAUGUGGCAAAGGCUUUAUUCAAACUUCAAGCCUUGUAGUUCAUCGGAGAGUUCAUACUGGAGAGAAGCCAUAUAAAUGUCGUGUCUGUGGCAAGUCCUUUAGGUCAAGUUCAACCCUUGCAGUUCAUCGGAGAAUUCAUACUGGAGAGAAACCACAUAAAUGUGAUGUAUGUGGCAAAGGCUUUAGUAUAACUUCAAGCCUGGCAGUUCAUCGGAGAACUCAUACUGGAGAGAAGCCAUAUAAAUGUCAUGUAUGUGGCAAGUCCUUUAGUUCAAAUUCAAGCCUUGCAGUUCAUUGGAGAAUUCAUACUGGAGAGAAACCAUAUAAAUGUGAUGUAUGUGGCAAGGCUUUUAAUCAGUCUCCACAUCUUGCAGUUCAUCGGAGAAUUCAUACUGGAGAGAAACCAUAUAAAUGUGAUGCAUGUGGCAAAGGCUUUAGUGAAACUUCAAGGCUUGCAAUUCAUCGGAGGAUUCAUACUGGAGAGACACCAUAUAAAUGUGAUGUGUGUGGCAAGGUGUUUGCUCAUACUGGACAUCUUGCUGUUCAUCAGAGAGUUCAUACUGGAGACAAACCAUAUAAAUGUGAUGUAUGUGGCAAAGGCUUUAGUGAAACUUCAAGCCUUGCAGUUCAUCGGAGAGUUCAUACUGGAGAGAAACCAUAUAAAUGUGAUGUAUGUGGCAAGGCCUUUAAUCGGUCUACACAUCUUGCAGUUCAUCAGAGAAUUCAUACUGGAGAGAAACCAUAUAAAUGUGAUGUAUGUGGCAAAGGCUUUAUUGAAACUUCAAGCCUUGUAAUUCAUCGGAGAGUUCAUACUGGAGAGAAGCCAUAUAAAUGUGAUGUAUGUGGCAAAGGCUUUAUUCAAACUUCAAGCCUUGUAGUUCAUCGGAGAGUUCAUACUGGAGAGAAGCCAUAUAAAUGUCGUGUCUGUGGGAAGUCCUUUAGGUCAAAUUCAACCCUUGCAGUUCAUCGGAGAAUUCAUACUGGAGAGAAACCACAUAAAUGUGAUGUAUGUGGCAAAGGCUUUAGUAUAACUUCAAGCCUUGCAGUUCAUCGGAGAACUCAUACUGGAGAGAAGCCAUAUAAAUGUGAUGUGUGUGGCAAGGCGUUUACUCGUACUGGACAUCUUGCUGAUCAUCAGAGAGUUCAUACUGGAGAGAAACCAUAUAAAUGCGAUGUAUGUGGCAAAGGCUUUAGUAUAAGUUCAAGCCUUGCAGUUCAUCGGAGAAUUCAUACUGGGGAGAAGCCAUAUAAAUGUGAUGUGUGUGGCAAGGCGUUUACUCGUACUGGACAUCUUGCUGUUCAUCAGAGAGUUCAUACUGGAGAGAAAUCUUAAAAAUGUGAUGUGUGGCGGCAAGUACUUUAGUCAGACUGCAAAAUUGUUCUUCAUUGGAGAAUUCAUACUGGAGAGAAACCAUAUAUAUGUGGUGUAUGUGGCAAGGUGUUUGUUUGUACUGUUAACCUUGGUAUUCAUCAGAGAGUUCAUACGGGAGAGAAACCAGAUAAAUGAGGUAUAUCUGGCAGGGCUUUCAGUGUGAAUGCAAACUUUGCAGUUCAUCAGAGAAUUCUUACUGGAGAGAGCCUUAGAAAUAUAAGAAUUGUGACAAACCAUUUAGGCACAGUCAUCCAUAACAUCAUCAGGCAGUUCAGACAGUAGAGAAACCAUAUAAAUAUGAUGUAUAUGGCCGGUGCUUUACUUGAAAUCACGAACUUAGAAUCCAUCGGAGAGUUCAUACUAAAGAGAACCAUUAGAAAUGUGACAGUUGUGAGAAACAUUUUAUUAAAAAAAUUUUUGUUCUUAGUAUAUAUUUCUACAGUUUAUUAAAUAAUGACACAAGAUUUAUGCCACAUUUUCCAACAGUGUUUAAAUAAAGAGUUCAAAAUAUAAAGGCUUAUGAAAACUUUUAUAGUCUUUAUAUAACAAUAAACACUAUUUCUGGUGUAUGAAUAAAUACAGAAAACAGAAGCCAUUCUUUAUAUCACAAUCAGCCAAACUUAGCCAUCAAUGAUUAUACAAAUCCACAAGCAAACAAACAA